GAGUGAACUACAACAGACUAUCUCAGCUCGCAAUCCAGUUUUGAAAAUCAAGUGGUUUAUCCUCAACAUGUCUCUUUCAAAGCAGGUCAUUCUAAAAGACAUGAAUUUGAAAUUUGAAAUGAAGGGUAGUGUCAAUGGACAUUACUUUGAGAUCGAAGGUGAAGGAAAAGGAAAGCCUUACGAAGGAGUACAGAAGUCCACUUUUUGGGUCACCAAGGGAGGACCCCUUCCAUUUUCCUUUGACAUACUGUCGACAGUGUUCAAAUAUGGAAACAGAUGCUUUACUAAGUAUCCUGCCGACAUGCCUGACUAUUUCAAACAAGCAUUUCCUGCUGGAAUGUCAUUUGAAAGGGCAUUUACAUAUGAGGAUGGAGGAGUUGCUACAGCCAGUGGACACAUUUGUCUUGAGGGAAAUUUGUUUAAGCACAUAUCCAUGUUUCAUGGCGUUAACUUUCCCGCUAACGGACCCAUAAUGCAAAAGAGGACAAUUGGCUGGGACCCUUCCUUUCAGAAAAUGACUGUCUCCAACAACAUAUUGAGAGGUGAUGUAACUAUGUUCCUACAACUCAAAGGAGGCGGUUAUCACAGUUGCCAGUUUCACACUUCUUACAAAACAAAGGAGCCGGUCACGCUGCCUCAGAACCACGUCGUAGAACAUCACAUUGUGAGGACCGACAUUGAAGACAAAAAGGUCCUGCUGGAAGAAACUGCUGUGGCUCAUGUUAACCCUUUGUAACUGGGAUGGAACUAUUUUAAUCACCUCAUUACCUCCGACGUUAUUGUAAUACGA